GAUUCCAAGCAAAUAUAGAGAGCGCUCUUCUCUUAUCACAAUUGAUAAUGAAAUGUAGGUAAUACUCGUAAUGACUUAUGGUCACCAGUUGUAGUCAACACUCUCUAUAACAUAAUAUUAAAAUUAUUCUGUAAUUUAGUUGUUAUUUUGAAUUAUUAAAUAUGUCUGUAAUUGAAAUUAUUGAUAUUAUGGACUAUGUAGGUGAUGGUAAACGUCCGUUUGUUGAGGGUUCAGAGAUUUUAAAAUGUAACCACAUAAUAGAGUUUGGUAUAAAAGAGCAAACAAAAAAUAAACUUGUUAUUAUGGCUUUGUGUUUGCAAACCUCCAACAUUAAUGGUCAUCCUCAUGAAGUUUUAGUAACAAAAACUAUUCAUGAAGGUAAUGUGAAGGUGUCAGGUUCCUGCUCAUGUAAAGCAGGCACGGGGAAGUGUAAGCAUGUUGUUGGCGUUAUGCUUAAGUUACAGAAAACUUCAAUUGACAGUUUGGAGGAAUUGAGUUGUACUGAAUUACGCCAACAGUGGGGAAAGUUUAAAAGUAUUGGAACUGAGAUGUAUCAAACAAUCCCAGUAAAAAAUUUUUGUCAUGUCGAAAAGUAUAUUUCUCCAUAUUCAGAAACUCUGCCAGAUGUAUUACCAAAUAAUAUUGAGAAAAUUGUAUAUGAAACUUUAAUUGAAGGUAUUGAAUUAGAUCCCAAUAUAUCUGAUAAGUUUUAAGAUUCAUUUGGAUAUACCUCAAGGGGGUCAUUUAUCAUCUAAUGCUGGGUUGCAUAAACAAUUUAUAAAUUUAAUGGACCAAUAGUAGGCCACUAAAUCGUAUUUAAGGAACCUUUAGCUCACUAUUGAUUCAUUAAAUGUUUUGUGUAACCGGACACUACUGUUUUUAUUAUUUUUUAAUUAAGUAAAUUCUCUUUUUAGUCACAGUAAAUGUUUGUAUCUGCAAUAUUUGUUUGAAUUUAUUCUGACAAAUUUUUGAACUAAUUCUUCAUUUUAUUUAAAAGUAGGUAGUUAUUAGUCCUUUAUUAUUGAGAAGAAAAAUGUUUUAUAUUUUUUUUUUUAUCUAUGAUCUUAUUGGUAAUAAAAUAGGUUGUACUGAAUUAUUAGGAGUGAUUAUUAUUGUGAUUUUUUUAGUAUGUUCACCCCUAUUUUUUUAUAUUUCAAUUAUGCUUAUAAUCAAAUUCUGAUUUUUGGAAUUUUUAAGUAUACUUAUUACCUAAAGACCAUCUUAAACUUAUCAGAUAUCAGGGCUGCAACUCUGUCACUUUUGUCACUAUAUUUCGAAAACUGUCACUUUUCUCACUUAUAGCCAUUUAUUAUAAUGUUUCACAAAAGAAACCAAAAAUAAUUUUAAUCCUGUAAUUUUUAAAAAUCUGUUAGUUUAAUUUUACCCUAACAAUAUUUGUAUAUAAUAUAUUAAUAUAUUGUAUUGUACCAUUAUAAUAGUCGUGAUACAUCCGUGAUUAAAAUCUUUGAUAAUGGUGCGGCGUAAUGGUCUCUCAUAUUUUAAAUAAUCAUUAGGAAGUAAUUAAACUGAUUAGAUAUAUAUAAUCUAUGAUUAAAACACGAUACCCACGGGCCACGGACGUGACGAUACCCAAUGAAAAUCAGGGGCAUUAUUUAAAAAUUUUUUUUGUUGGUGCCAAAAUGUUUGCAGGCCAUUCAGAUCAUUACCAUGCCACAUAACUAUGUGUAGGUACUUGAAAUAUAUUUAUUUUAUAUUGUGGAUACCAUUGUACAAAGGUAUUUACACUUGGUAAAUAAAUGUAUGGGUAUAAAUCACCUUUAUAAGAAAAUACCUAACCGAACCUAACCUACACUUUUUUUCUCCCUGCAUACUCAAAAUAAAUAAUAUAGCUAGCUUAAUAAAACUUAAAUAGAAAUUUAUUUUAUUGGUAUCCUUCACAAUGUUUGUGUUUUAAUUUUAUCGAUUAUAAUAUUGUGGGACCAAAUUAAUAAAUUGUUUUUUAUUAAGAAAAAGAUAGUCACUUUUAGUCACCUAAAAAAAAAAUUAAUCACUUUUCUCACUUUUUUAUUUCAUUUUUUGAGUUGCAGCCCUGAGAUAUAUUGGGACCUAAUUUAAUACAUUGAGUUCUAUCACUAAGGGAAGAUUUAAACCAUGUAAUUGUAUGGAUUAUUAUUUUAUUGCUGUGUUUUAUACUAGUAUUUAAGUAUUGUCUAUUAUUUUAUUACCUACUGUAUUUACCACUGUAAUAUUUGCCUUUGGCACUUUAAAUAAAUGAUUAAUGAUUUAAUAAUUUACUCUAAGGAUUGUUCUUACAUUGUCCAGUUAAGUGUCGGUUAAGACUAACCGGUAGACUUCUAUCGGUUAACACAUAAGAAAUUCUACUGGUUAGCUUUAUCAGACAAUAACCAAUAACUGGACAUUGUAAGAAUGGCCCUUAGAUAUAUUUUAAUUCAUGAUACUAAAUUUAAAAA